UCCACAGCUCUGUCUUCUGCAAACACACUGAAGGGAUACACACAAAUGAUUUUUUCAGAGCACGUUUUUGGAGAUUCAUUGAAGAAAAAUUUCUACUUACAAGAUGGACAGCUGGAGGAAGAUAAAACAAUCUUUCAGCUUCUGCAUCUAUUUUGUAGUUUUAUCACACCAUGGUACCAAAUCCUUCGAACAGGCCACAGCAGAAGGCGACAUCAUUAUUGGAGGAUUGUUCCCGAUACACGAAAGUGUUAAUGUCACUGUGAAUUAUGAUGGCAGUGAAAACCAGAUAUGUGACAGGUUUAGCACGGCCAACCUGGUCCAGUCUCUGAUAAUGGUGCAGGCGCUGGAGGAGAUAAAUCAGAAGCAAGAGUUGGGGAACCUCACCUUGGGAUAUCUUAUACUUGACUCCUGUGGUGACGUUACUACUGCCCUGAGAAAAAUCCCAUCCUUUAUGAAGGGAAACUGUAACACUAGUGCACAGCAGUCUUCCCCUGUCCUUGCUGUCAUUGGUGGUUACUACUCAGAGAUAGCCAUAGCAGUUACAAGGCUACUCAACCUGGAAUAUAUACCCGAGAUAAGUUAUGGUGCAACUUCUGGCCUUCUAAGUGAUAAAACCCGUUUUCCAAGCUUUAUGAGGACUGUACCACAAGAUGAUCACCAAGCUCGUGCCAUCUCUGAGAUUCUUGAUAAUAAUGGAUGGACUUGGGUCGGUGUGCUGACAACCGAUGGUGAAUAUGGUCGCUAUAUAACUGAGCGGCUCUGGUACUAUACAAACCAAAAAGGCAUCUGCUUCGCCUUCACCUCUGUUCUUCCAGAUGAUUUAAAUGAUUAUUCGCUGGGAAAGAGCAUUGAGUCUACAGUCAAAACCAUCAUAGAUAAUGAAAACGUCAGUGUCAUUGUGUCCUUCGCUAAACCAGACCAUAUGAUGUAUAUUUUUCAAAAACUUCUCAAUAAUCCUCAAGGAACAAGGAGAGUUUGGUUGGCCAGUGAUAUUUGGUCGCAAUCACCUGAAAUACUGAAUACAAAAAAACAUACCUUGAGUGACAUAGGAACAAUCAUUGGGGUCACUUUUAAAUCUGGAAACACAACCAAGUUUGAGCGAUAUCUCGAUGACCUUAAUGAAAAUCCCAACCACCACAAGAACAACCCAUUCUUGUCUACAUUGCAUGGAUUGACUUCAUCAGAGGAGUUAAAAACUAUGAUAUAUCCAUCUGCUGUGUUCAGUAUAGAAUUGGCGGUUAAAGCAAUAGCUCAGGCUGUUGAAGACCUCUGCACUGACAGAGACUGCAAGACAAAACGCUUAUCCCCGUUGGAGUUACGAGGAGCCUUACGGAAGGCAAAGUUCCACAUGGAUGGGAAAAACUAUUCAUUUGAUCCCCAUGGUGACCUCAAUGCUGAAUACGAUAUCAUCCUAUGGAAUCAGACUUCAGAGUCUCUAGACGUGCAUGACAUUGUAGCUCAUUACAGUAUAUUGCAAAGUAGCCUGACUUUCAUCUCACAGGAAGCAAGAGAUGCUGUCUACAUUUACAUUGGAAACGUGACUUCCAAGUGCACAGACAGCUGUCAGCCUGGCUACAGUAAGACUUCAGUUUCAGGUCAGCCUCAUUGCUGCUAUCAGUGUGAACCCUGUGCUGAGAACUACUUUUCCAAUACCACUGAUUCAGAGAAGUGUAAUCCUUGUGAAAAAAACUAUUACUCCCUAAAAGGCAGUUCAAAGUGUUUGCCAAGAAAAAUAGAUUUCCUGAAAUGGGGUGAUGUAUAUCUUAUUGUGCUGCUGUCUUUUACUUCUUUAGGAGCAGUGCUUACCAUUGUUGUUGGGAUCAUCUUCCUUGCACACUGGAAUACCCCUGUUGUGCGCUCAUCUGUAGGCCCAAUCAGCAUCAUUCUCCUCCUCUCCCUUAUGAUCACAUUUACUAGUGUUAUAUUAUUUGGUGGUCCACCCAAUAGCUAUCAGUGUCAAGCACGGCAGGUGGUGUUUGGCUUGAGUUUUACCUUGUGUGUCUCCUGCAUCAUGGUCAAGUCCUUUAAGAUCGUCUUAGCCUUUGAGUUUGACCCGGACACUCAAAAUGUGCUGAAGAAGCUCUACAAGCCUUACCUUAUUAUUGCAGUCUGCAUGGCAGGUCAAGUGGUUAUUGUUACAACGUGGCUUGUACUCAGUCCUCCAUCCACUGACUCAGAGAUCACACAGGACAACAUGAAACUGAUAUUUUGUAAUGAGAAAUUAAUUCCUGCGUUUGGAGCCAUGUUAGCCUAUAUUGGCCUUUUGGCUCUCAUCUGCUUUGGUGUUGCCUAUAAAGGACGAAAGUUGCCUGACAGUUACAAUGAUGCAAAGUUCAUCACUUUUGCAAUGCUCAUUUACUUCAUUUCCUGGAUCAUGUUUGGCCCAGUCUAUGUCAAUGUCACAGACAAGUACAUUCCAGCAGUGGAGAUGGUCGUUAUCCUCAUCUCAGCCUACGGCAUCUUGUUUUGUCAAUUCUUCACAAAAUGCUACAUUAUUCUGUGUAAGAAGGAAGCAAACACAGAGAAAUCGUUCCGCCGGGAUAUUAGGAAUUAUUCCAGGGAUCGCAAAGGCAGUGAGGAUGAGCUGUCAUCUAAGGGAAUUGAAAACCCUACUUUGUCUUUAUCUUUGGAGUCAUUGCCAAAUUCCCCAUUUUCAGGUUCAAUCACUGAUUGGAGUUCCGUCAGGCAGCCUAGUGUUUCCUCAAACUCUCUCUCCCCAGUGUUGAACCCACAGGAAAACAUACUUCAGAACAACCUAAACUCCUCUAAGACCCUAAAGAGAAUUUCAAGCUUGCCAUCAUCACUAAUAAAAUAAUUCACAAUUAUUAAAAAGGCAACAUAAUGUUUAGAAUUGCAGCACAAAGUGGAAUAAAUAUGAAAGACUGUGCAUUUUUAGGACUGCCACUAACAUUUUAAGUAAUAGAUAAUAAGCACAUUAUUUUCUGAUUCAGUCAGUUAGUUUGUGUCUUAAAAUAUGUAAUUUCCAACUAAUUGUAAUGUGUUUGGUCCACACUCUUGAUGUGCCAAAAAUCCCCAAAACUAAUAAUAUUUAGUUGCUUUCAACAAUUUUAGGAAUUGACAGUAUUCUGCAUCUUUAAGUAGAUGGCUUGAUUGACUGGUUCACAGGAGGAUCCUUGCCAAGCCACUACAGACUGUUUAUCCAUCCAUCCAUUCUCUUCUGCUUAUGCUCAUCAGGGCCGCGGGGUGUGCUACUACAGGGUACACCCCGGACAGGUCACCAGCCAGAUGCAGUGCUAACACAUAGAAACAACCACUCACAUUCACACCUAUGGACAAUUUAGAUUCACCAGUUGGGCUUGCUCAGGGUGGUAUGGCUGUAAGCUUACAGACUGUUUGUUAUUCUUCAAAUCAUCAUUAUCUUGCAGAUUUAUCAUUCUAUUAUUCUGGACUCGUUGAGUCAGAGGGUUAAAGGUCAAAAGAAUACAACACAAUAAAUAUAAAGAAAACUUUUAAAAGUGUAAAACAUUUGAAAACUUGUAAGCAUCUUUCUGCAGUUCUAUAGGGCAUAUUUGUUGGUGGUGCCUUUUAACAUUAUGUUGAUGAUUUACUGACACAGAUUUGUUACAUAUUUGAAUUUGAUUAUGUAUUCUGUUAUAUUUUUGUAUCUAAAGGCUUAGUGACUAUAUAUAAGAAAUACACAUAUACACUCACCAGCCAUUUCAUUAGUUUAUAACUUUUUUUCCUGGACAGUGUUGGAAACCCUUUUGGCUAACCAUAGAGAUGGUUGAGUGGGAAAGCCCAGUAGAUUAGCAGUUUUUGAAAUACUCAGAUAAACAACCAUGCCAUGUUUAACGUAAUUUAAAUCACUUUUCUACCCCAUUCUGAUACUUGCUUUGAACUUCAGCAGGUCAUCUUGACCAUGUCUACAUACCUAAAUGCCUAGAGUUGUUUAAAAAUGAUUGGCUGAUCAGAUGUUUGCAUUAACAAGUAGUUGAACAGGUGUACCUUAUAAAAUGGCCUGUGAGUGUAUAUGUAAGAAUAUAACUUUUAGAAAAAAUUUUUAUCAUCUGUUUGUAUUCAGUGUAUUCGGUUCUUGAAGAGUAGUUCAAUUCCUUGUAAUUGUUCGGCAGCCUGCCUAUCGAUCCCACUGAUCGGUACCACUUGGACUUUCAGUGUGAUUUCAGUUUGAGUGCCAGAGGAAGGAAAUAUGGUCUACACCUGGGAUAUGGACAUUACUUUUAUUUUUAUUGCGCAAAAGGACACGAGUGAGAUAUUAAAGGGAAAACUGCAUCCAAAACAGAAACAACUGCAUUAUGCUGCUAACACAAUUUCAGCUGUUUGCAAGCUUUUGCACAGAUAGUUUGCUAACGCUAUGCUAGUCCAGAACCAAGAGUGAUGUUAAAGCUGAAUGAAUUCCGACCCCAGCCCAGCAGCCAAACCCUGAACUUCAACAGGUAACAAACUGAUGAGCAGUCAGACUGUGGUGUCCAUUUCUAUCUGCUCAUAUUGCUAUAGUAGAAUCACUGUGAUGAUUGGUUUAAAAUGUCUCUUUGUGCUGGUUUUCAUUUUUGCUCUGUGUUUUCAGCUUUGUGUUCAUACCUAAAUGCUUACUACUAAUGUGUCCUCAUUAGGAUCAGGAUUUGUGUUGGUGUGUGGGACUUUAGCCUCAGGUGUAUAUUGUUAAAUGGUAAUUAUGAGACAAUGCAUUGCAGAUAAUGACCAAUGGAGACCGGGAACACCCCACAAGAGCUUCAGUUUUGGAGAUGCUCUGACCCAGUCGUCAAACUAUCAUAAUUUGGUCCUUGUCAAACAAGCUCAAAUCUUAGGCUUGACAGAAUGUUCACUUGCUCCCUAAUACAUCCAACCCACUAACAGAUGCUGUAAUGAAGAAAUAAUCCAAUGUUAUUCACUUCACCUGUCAGUGGUCAUAAUGGUGUAUCUGAUAUGUGUAUGUUUGUUCUUUCUUGAAUCAAUUAAAAGGAGAGAUAAUGUGCAAACAUUAAAAA